AUGACCACCUUCCCCCCAACACCAACGGCUGCCCAAGUGGAGCAAUUCCACCGCGAUGGUUAUCUCGUCCUCCGUGCCAACGAGCAUGGUCUAGCCUCUCCCAAGAAAAUCCAAGCCUGGACCAAGGAAGUGCGCGAGUGGCCGCUUGCACCGGGCAAAUGGAUGCCGUAUCACGAAAUCAACGUCAAUGGCACCAGACAGCUGUUGCGCACCGAGAACUUUGUCGACUACCAUGACCACUUCCACACGCUGCUGUGCGGGGAUGCCCUCGCUGAGAUCCUGAAAAGGAUGAGUGGUGAUGACAUGUUGCUUUUCAAAGACAAAGUCAACUACAAGCUGCCACUGGGAAACGGAUUUGCCGCCCACCUGGACGCACCAGCAUACGACCAUAUCGGACGGAUCGAGCACCUGACGGCCAACCUCGCCGUGGAUGAAGCCACGCCUGAAAAUGGCUGCAUCGAGGUCGUCCCCGGAUCCCACCGAAUGGAUGUCGAGCUUUCUCGCGGGGGUGCCAUCUCCAAAGCCUGGGAGGACAGUCAUGAGUGGGUCAAGGUUCCUCUGCACCCGGGCGACAUGUUGUUGUUCGGUAGCCAUCUGGCACACCGCAGUGGGCCCAACCGGACCGAUAGCAACCGCAGCAGCAUCUACGCGACUUACCAUAGGAAGAGUGACGGUGAGAACCUCAGGCAAAAGUACUAUGCGCACCGGAGGGAGAAUUUCCCGCCGGACAAUGAACGCGUCGUCGGAAAAGACUACAGCCAGGGGUACAAAACAUAUGGAUUUGCUGCAGCUUUCGUGUCGGAAAAGCAGGUCGAGAGCAAGGUUCAAACGGUUCAUUGA